GGCCCAAGGGGGGUUUGGCCGGGUUUUCCAGGCUCGGCGGAGGGGCCGAGAAGAGACCGUUGCGGUGAAGAUGGUACCCUUCAGCGCGGAUGCUAUCAGGGAGGUACAGCUCCUGGAGGGCAUCAACCACACGAACGUGGUGAAAUUAAAUGAGGCCUUGGUAUCCCCUCCGGAUAUAUACAUGGUAAUGCCCUUAUACCAAGGGGACCUCUGGGACCUGAUAGACGAAAAAGGACCAAGGGCGACAGUGUCGGGGUUCUUCCGAAUACUGCGUCAAGUGGCGGAGGGAAUAGCCGCCUGUCACCGAGAGCACAUUGUCCACCGUGACAUAAAACCGGAAAAUGUGCUCCACCGAGGCGACCGUUAUGUGGUGGCCGACCUGGGAUUGGCCUGUAAGUUGGAACCGGGGCAGGGCCUCCUUACCGAUCUGGUUGGCACCAGUUUAUACUGGGCCCCAGAACAACACCGGGGAGACCCAUAUGGUAUAGGAGUGGACCUUUGGGCACUCGGGUUGGUGGCCCGAUAUGUGGCCACCGGUCUGAUCCCACAACCGGAUGAUCGAUACUCCGGUGCGGAGCUGGCGGGCUUAAGCUCCCCUGUCCGGUGGUUCAUCGAGGGAUUGCUUAAAACCGAUCCGAUCCUUCGGCGACCUGCGGGGCAGUGGGAUUGGGCUACAGCCGGCGCGGCACUGAGUAUGGGGGUCUGGACGGGUCCAACCUUGCCACCACCGUUACUUCCAAUGCCACCACCGUUAAUUCCCAUGCCACCACCGUUGAUUCCUAUGCCACCCCCAUUGAGUCCCGUGCCGCCACCGUUAAUGCCGAUACCUCCAAUUUCCGAGUCUCCGUUAUCCCCGCCCAAUAUCCCGGCCGCCGAAGGGCCUGUCCCAGUCGAGCCCAUACCGCUGUCUCCAAGUUUGGCGGCCCGACUGAAAGAACAGCCGGACUUCCGGAAGUGGUCCGCUUCUGUGAAGAAAAGGGUGGCGGCUCUCGUCCACCCCGGCGAACCAAAGCACCGCCGCACCCGUCACCGUUUCCGUUUUCCCUCGGGAUCAGUCCGACGAAUCUGGGUUCCACCCAGUUGAG